AUGUUCGCAAUUCUCCGAGGCAAACGACUGAGUCUCCCACCGGAGCUGUCUGUUUUGGCCGGCCGUCAAUUUUGGGCUUCUGAAAAUGCGGUCUUUUCCAGGCCGUUCACCACCGGUAAACCAUCGCCAGGUGUUCGCGAAAAUGACCCUGAGAAAUCCUUCACUUUCUCCUACCUCGUCAGCUCAUGCGGGUUGGCUCCAGACGUCGCCGUCCGCGCCUCCAGUAAAAUCCAGCUGAAAUCGCCGGAAAAACCAGACGCGGUCUUGAAUCUCCUCAGAGAGUACGGAUUCACGGCUACCGACAUCUCUGUAAUGGUCACCCGGUGGCCGAACGUUCUCUGUGCCUGCCCAGACAAAACCCUUUUGCCCAAGCUCGAAUUUUUCGCCUCCAUUGGCGUGCCCCUCCCCAUCCUGGCCAGCAGUCUGUCCCGAACCCCUUAUGUCUUAUGGCACAGCCUGAAGAAUUCAAUCAUCCCUUCAUACGAUUUCCUGAAAAACCUGCUCGGGUCGGAUAAGCUGGUAGUGCAAGCCUUUAAACGGACUCCAAUGAUCUUCGACUGGUACCUGGUCGACGAACUCUCAUCCAACCUCUAUUUUCUAGCAGCCCGCGGGGUCCCCUGGCCCUCUCUCGUAUCACUGGUCACAUACGAGCCAAGAAUGUUCUUGGCUCCUCAGGAGAAGUUAUCCUCGUGCAUGGAUCGUGCAAUAGAAAUGGGGUUUGACGUGUCCAAUAAUGCGUUUUUGAAGGCCAUUCGGGUUCUGGUCGGUUUUGAUGAGUUGACCCUUAAGCGCAAGAUGGAGGUUUAUAGAAAGUGCGGCUGGUCGGAAUAUGACAUCAGGACCGCCUUUCUGAGUCAGCCUCUCUGUAUGGCCUUGUCCGAGAAGAAGAUUUUGGAAAGUAUGGAUUUUCUGGUUGAUAAAUUAGGGUGGGCACCAGGUGAUGUGGCCCGGUGCUCUUGGAUUCUUGGGUACAGCCUCGAAAGGAGAAUGAAGCCAAGGUGGGCUGUUGCUGAGGUUUUGAAUGAAAAGGGGCUGAAGAAUGUGGCUAUCACGUCCCUGCUGACAAUGUCCGAGAAGAUUUUCUUGAAGACCUAUAUUGAGAAAUACGAGAAGGAUAUUCCCGAACUUUUGGACAUUUAUCGAGAAAUUUUCACGCUUCCCUCUAAAUCGCCGAAGAAGACUGCAAAUACCGAUACACAUCUUCAAACCCUCGUCAGCUCACCAAGUCCGUUGAAUUUAAAAUCGGAUUUCGAAUCGAUGUUCGCCAUUUUCCGUAGCAGACGACUCAGGCUGCCACCGGAUCUCUCUAUUUUUACCACCCCUCAAUUUCGGAUUUCUGAAAAUGCAGUCUUCUCCAGACCGUUCACCACCGGGAGAUCACCGCCAGGUGUUCGCGAAAAUGACUGUAAGAAAUCCUUCACCUUGUCCUACCUCGUCAGCUCAUGCGGGUUGGCUCCGGACGACGCCGUCCGCGCCUCCAGUAAACUCCAGCUGAAAUCGCCUGAAAAACCAGACGCUAUCUUGAAUUUCCUCAGAGAGUACGGAUUCACGGCCACCGACAUCUCUGUAAUGGUCACCCGGUUUCCGAACGUACUCUCUGCCUGCCCAGACCAAACCCUUUUGCCCAAGCUUGAGUUUUUCGCCUCCAUUGGCGUCCCCCUCCCCAUCCUGGCCAGCAGGCUGUCCCGGAACCCUUCCAUCUUAUGGCGCAGCCUUGAGAACUCAAUCAUCCCCUUUUACGAUUUCCUGAAAAACCUGUUCGGGUCAGAUGAGGGGGUCGUUAAAGUAUUUAAACGGACUCCCCAGUUCUUCCGCUGGGGCCGGGUCGACUACCUCUCGUCCAACCUCUCGUUUCUAGCAGCCCGCGGGAUCCCCUGGCCCUCUCUCGUAUCACUGGUCACAUACGAGCCAAGAAUGUUCUUGGCUCCUCAGCAGAAGUUAUCCUCGUGCAUGGAUCGUGCAAUAGAAAUGGGGUUUGACGUGUCCAAUAAUGCGUUUUUGAAGGCCAUUCGGGUUUUGGUGGGUUUUGAUGAGUUGACCCUUAAGCGCAAGAUGGAGGUUUAUAGAAAGUGCGGCUGGUCGGAAUAUGACAUCAGGACCGCCUUUCUGAGUCAGCCGCUCUGUAUGGCCUUGUCCCAGAAGAAGAUUUUGGCGAAUGACGUGGCCCGGUGCUCUUGGAUUCUCGGGUACAGCCUCGAAAGGAGAAUGAAGCCGAGGUGGGCAGUUGCUGAGGUUUUGAAUGAAAAGGGGCUGAAGAAUGUGGCUAUCACGUCCCUGCUGACAAUGUCCGAGAAGAUUUUCUUGAAGACCUAUAUUGAGAAAUACGAGAAGGAUGUUCCCGAACUUUUGGACAUUUAUCGAGGUAACAAAAUCCUGGCGUGCACCUCUUGA